CGAAUCAUUGCGCUGAUACAUAGUAAACCGAUCUUAGAGCCAACCUCUGUUUUGUGUAUCAUCUAAUUUUCUGAGUAGUAUUUAUCUCUUUAAGCUUAGUCUCCUUGUUUAAAGAAAAAAAGUAAAUACUCUCUAAAUUUUCACCACAAAGAAAAAAGAAGGCACCACCAAGCAAUUACGUAUAAAAAACUCGAAAAGGAGGAUAACUAACAAAACAGUAUUAUAAAAAAACGCGUUCCAAAAAAGUCUUUAGACAAUCCUGUUAUUUCCACCAAGUCACUCACGAGUCAUCAUCAUGAUUCACACACCCAUGAAAUGAGUUAUGAGCCUAUGGCCCAACCCCAUAAUGGAAAAAUCAACUUAAUAAACAUCAUACACACCCACACCACUACUACCAAAUACUUAGCAAUCAACAAACAAAGAAUUGAAAGACCUAUUUCCUGAGAGGUCACUUGAGGAUUUGUUCUUCGACCUAGAGGUAUUCGGUUAGAUACUCGGCACAGAGAAAAACCAAACAAAGAAAGUGUAGUGAAGUGAAGUUAUCCAAAAUAUGGAAAAUUAUUCAUAUCAAUCAUAUCCAGAUUCAGGUAACUCAUCACCACGUUCGAGAGAAAUCGAGUUCGAAAACCCACCCACUGGAACAACAACAACAGCACCAUGGGAAGAUCAACAACAAAACCAAACAAGCAGCUACAAAGCAAAAUUCAUGUGCAGCUAUGGUGGCAAAAUCCAACCAAGAACACACGACAAUCAACUCUCUUACGUUGGUGGUGAAACUAAAAUCCUAGCCGUUGAUCGUAACAUCAAGUUUCCAUUAAUGAUCUCAAAGCUCUGUUCUCUCAUCGAAGCACCUGAUGUUUCCUUUAAAUACCAACUCCCUGGCGAAGAUCUCGAUGCACUUAUCUCAGUAACUAACGACGAUGAUCUUGAUCACAUGAUGCAUGAAUAUGAUCGUCUCUACCGUGCUUCCGCUAGACCCGCUCGUAUGCGAUUAUUUCUUUUUGUUAACGAAUCUGAUUCUGUUUCAAAUCCACCCGACCCGGUUAAACCGAAUAACGUUGAUUAUUUAUUCGGAAUUGAAAAGCCUGUAACCGUUGUUGCUCCGCCACCUACUGCCGUUAAAUUUCACGAUCCUGUUCCAGAGCCGGUUGCUCCGUUACCUGAGUAUCAUAAUCAUAAUCAUGUUCGACCCGGUUUGAAUCCUGAUCGGGUUGUAGAUUCGGAUCCAGGUUUGAACCAUCCGCUUGAGAUUCAGAGGCAGUUACAACGGAUGCAGAUUGCGGAGAAUGAACAAACUGGUUAUCGGAGGAAAAGUGAAGAUUAUCCUGCCGGAGAUUAUUACGUUCAGAAAGUGCCGGAGAAAUUUCCGGCGAUGUCGAAUUUCACACCACCACCGCCGCAGCAUCAACAGCAACAUCAGCAGCAGCAUCAACCUGGUUAUUGGCAAGAAAAACCUGUUUCCGGCGAGGUUUAUCCACCGGGAGUGUCCGGAGGAGGUGAUCCGGCGGUUUAUAUGGUUCCGGCACCGGGAACUUACUAUCACGCGCCGGUGAUGCGUCCACCGGCAACUCAAGGUUACUACACGGUGCAACGAAUGCCGUCUGAUGCUUACCGUGAAGCGCAGGUUUACGGUGGCGCUCCUCCGUCUAAAGCGCCGUUUUCGUCGGGAACUUCGGCGACUUAUGCACCGGCGCAGCCGGUUAAAGGUCCUGUUUAUGGUGAAGGAGUUAGUGUGGUUCGUUCGAGUGGGAUACCGGAUAAUACGGUAAAUUCAUACGCACAUGUGGCGUAUGAUAGUGCAAGUGGCAGACAAGUUUAUUAUAAUGCUCCGGGUGGUGUAGUACACGCUCCUCCGUACCAAGGAGUUGCUGCACCUGUUACUACAGACGUUAAAGUGAUGAGCAAGAUUUCUCAAGGUUCAGUGUGAUUAAAAGUUAAGAUUAAGAUUAUGGUUAUUAUUAAUUUUGAAAUUAUCAUGUUAAUAAGUACAGUAUGUUAGACAUGUUAGUACUAUUAUUGUUGUACACGAUGUGGAUUGUGUUGUGUUAUACUAAUGCUAUGGUUAAAUUUCUUUCUAUGCCA